AUGGAGCCCCGCUCGACCACCGCCAGGCACGAAGGCAGCCUGCACGCGACCGACGGCCGGGGUUAUGCCGAGGUGGAGGAGGGCGUCAUGACGGCGGAGAACAUGCUGGAGGAGCCCGCCGUCCUCUCGGCGCCUCACCUGUCGGUGGAUCGAUACGCGCGCGGUCGCCAGGGAUGCUGCGAGAGGGUGAUCAUCAACAUUUCGGGCUUACGCUUUGAGACGCAACUUAAAACUUUCAACCAGUUCCCAGACACCCUGCUGGGGGACUCCAGGAAGAGGAUGCGCUACUUCGACCCGCUGAGGAACGAGUACUUCUUCGACAGGAACAGACCGAGCUUUGACGCCAUCCUUUACUUCUACCAGUCAGGAGGGCGCAUACGGAGACCCGUGAACGUGCCCAUUGAUAUUUUCUCCGAGGAGAUCCGGUUCUACCAACUCGGAGAGGAGACUAUGGAGAAAUUCUGCGACGAUGAAGGGUUUAUAAAAGAAGAAGAGCGCGUGUUGCCCAAAAGAGAUUUCCAAAAGCAGGUUUGGCUUUUGUUUGAGUAUCCUGAAAGCUCUGGACCCGCGCGGGGGAUAGCCAUAGUGUCAGUGCUUGUUAUUUUGAUUUCAAUCGUUAUUUUCUGCAUGGAGACUCUGCCGGAAUUUCGGGAUGAGAGAGACCAAUCCAAAGUGGCCCUCGCGGCCAACGGCACUGCCCCCUAUGUGCCGAGCCGGUUCACAGACCCCUUCUUUGUGAUUGAGACCCUGUGCAUCAUAUGGUUCUCUUUCGAGUUGCUGGUCCGGUUUUUCGCCAGCCCCAGCAAAACGUGCUUCUCCAAAAACAUCAUGAAUAUCAUCGACAUUGUGGCGAUAAUCCCCUACUUCAUCACUCUGGGGACCGAGCUGGCCGAGAAGGAGACCAACGGCGGCCAGCAGGCCAUGUCCCUCGCCAUCCUCAGGGUGAUCCGACUGGUGAGGGUCUUUCGCAUUUUUAAGCUGUCGCGUCACUCAAAGGGACUCCAGAUUCUGGGACAGACCCUCAAGGCCAGCAUGAGGGAGCUCGGCUUGCUCAUAUUCUUCCUCUUCAUCGGAGUUGUCCUCUUCUCCAGCGCGGCUUACUUUGCGGAAGCAGACGACCCCUCGUCCAGUUUCACCAGCAUCCCGGAUGCGUUUUGGUGGGCGGUGGUCACCAUGACCACGGUGGGGUACGGGGACAUGCACCCGGUGACGAUUGGUGGGAAAAUCGUGGGCUCGCUGUGCGCAAUAGCGGGCGUGCUGACCAUUGCCUUACCCGUGCCAGUGAUCGUGUCCAAUUUCAACUACUUUUACCACAGGGAGACGGACGGAGAGGAGCAUCCUCAGUACGUGCACACCAGCAGCUGCGAGCACCUCCCCGCGGAGGAGCUGCAGAGGGCGUGCAGCGCCUCUUCCCUCAGCAAGUCCGAGUGCAUGGUGAUCGAGGAGAGCAUCCACGGCGCGUUCAAACAGACCAACUUCUCCACCGAGAACAACCAGAACUGUGUAAACAUCAACAAGAUCUCCACAGACGUGUAA